CCCUCCUCGUCCGCCUGCCAGCCAGCCUUCCGUUCCCGGUUGUCUAUAUUCGCCGCCUGUUGGCCCACUCGCCUCUCUUUCGCCUUAGCUACUUGUAACUGAGUGGGAAGACCGACGAGAGAAGAAGAAAAAAGUUCAUCAGUCACCCACUUCCAGCUUCUGAGAACCUUGAAGACCGGUGUCUGCCAGAUCGAUCCGCUCCUUCUUAGUUGCGAGAUUCAACCCACCUACUACUAUUACAACCACAAAGCCACGCGAGGAAAAAAAAAAAACAACACCGUCUGGUUAUCAUAUUCAUAUGACCGUCAGCUGGCCUUUCUCCUGGAGUACAUAGGCUCAAGUGAGUUUUUCGGAGUUACAGUAAUCAACCGCUUCCCCGGGUUCGCCCUUUUUUAUCCUUCUGUCUAUCUCGCACUCUGUUUCGUUUUCUGUCUGUCGCCGCAGAUUGCAUCAUUUCGUCUGCCGAUAACCUUUGAGCUACACAUUUAAGGCUGAGGUGCUCAUCUGCUGAAAGCUUUGUGCCGGCCAGGGGCUCGCGGUGGUAUUCGACUCCAAUUCCCGUAGUGGAUUUAAUCUUCAGUCUUUCACCAUAACUCCCUCCGCGGUCUUGUUGUCACCUCCUUUGUCUCCCGCCGCAGGCAUGGAGUCAUCGGACAGUAGGAGGCAGAGCGACACUUUGCCGUCAAUGAGCUAUAUGGAAUUCGAGAGAUCGGCGAGAGAAGCGGCUCAAUUCCAUCAGCGACAUCCAUCUAUUGCCCGUACGAGUAUUUCAACAGCCUCACCAAUCAGUCCCACGACAUUACUUGCGCCCCCGGCCCAGUCACUUCCGUUCCCGUCGUCGUCUUCGGCCAUUAGCACGAAUGGGUACCUAUCACCGCCGGAUUCCCGACGGACUUCGGGAAAUGAGGAUGGAAGGCAAUCUUUGCCUUCGUUACAGGAAGCGCUAUUUGACAGACUAGAUAAACCAUUCACAACGCCCUCGCCCAUGCAGACACCCCCACUCGGCCAGGGUUCCUUUUCC